CGCAGUCAAAAAAAAAAAAAAAAAAAUGGAAACACAUAAAACAGAACAAGCAACCACAUCGGCAGUGUCAAUAGAAGCUGCAGCAAAUCAAACUCCAUCUGCUGCAACACGUCACUUGCCACAUAACAAUCCAACUUUUCAAUUACCACUAUCGGAAGCACUAAAAGAAGCAGCGAGAAUCCAGGAGUUCCGAGGAGAUAAUACAUACGACGUCACAUCAUUUAUUAAUGAAGUCGAACUUUUCAUCGACUUGUUUGCCGGUACCAACGUGGAGGAGUAUUUUUAUAAGCGGCACGUCCAAAAAAAAAUUCAAGGAGAAGCAGCUAACGCAAUUAGAGCCCUCGACAAUCCAAGCUGGACAGAAACAAAACAAGAACUCCUGAGGAAUUUUGGAGUUCGCGAAUCGUAUCAUCAACUGUACCACAAGGCGCUGAACGUAAGAAAUUAUAAUGUAAGUGCAGAAUUUGUACACAAACAAAUAAACAAUAAGUUAUCGUAUAACAGCUUAGCAGCUGAACAAUUUGAUUAUUAUAAAUAGCAGUGACAUUGACAUUUCAAGUUUAGUUCAGAAGAACCAAUAAAGUAGAGUGCAGUUAAUUAUAACAACUUUGUGUUUUUAUUUAAUCUUGGCUCUACACAC